CAUGAGCGGUACGCCAGCUGACAACAGGAUGAUUUAAAACCAGUCGGGAAUUAUACUACAGGUCACUGAGAAGCAAACCAGCAGAUGUAGUAGAUGGCUGGCGCCAUGGCCUCAGAUGCAAGUCACAUGUUAGAAGCAGCCUUGGAACAAAUGGAUGAUAUUAUUGCUGGUUCCAAGGCUGCAGUGGGGUUCAGUAACGGGCUGUAUGAUCUGGGCUCUCCUGUGAGCGUCGGGCCCCUGCCGGUUCUCAAGCUGGCUGAGGAGCUGAGAUUGGCACUGGAGCUGCAGUCCGGGGACAAGGACCGCAACUCCCUGCGCUCCCAGCUGCCCUGCACCACCGCACAGACCCUCAUUGAGUGGCUGGAGAAAGGAUCGGUUAACCUCCAGUGCUCAAGCAACAAUGAGACCUAUCAAGAGCGGCUGGCGAGAUUAGAAGGGGACAAAGAGUCUCUGGUUCUCCAGGUGAGUGUUCUCACUGACCAGGUUGAAGCUCAAGGAGAAAAGAUUAGAGAUCUUGAAAGUUCCCUGGAAGAACACCACCACAAACUCAUUUCUACUGAGGAAAUGCUCCAACAGGAGCUCCUCAGCCGAACCUCACUGGAGACGCAGAAACUGGAACUCAUGGAUGAAGUUUCCUAUCUGAAACUCAAGCUAGUCAGCAUGGAGGAGGAACACAACCACAUUGAUGAACAGGAGCAACAUCAUAAAGCCGAGAGUGUGGUUAAUCUAAUUAGUGAACUACAGGAGCAGAUGUGUAAAUUCCAGGAGGAAAUCAGCAAUCGCAUCCAGGAGCAGCGAGCCCUGGAGAGCCUGGGGGACAGUGGCACACGCGAGGCUCUCGACCAGAGCCCCGAUGUGGGCCCUGGUGCCUCUGAUGCUGAGGAAUGCAGCUGCUGCUGUAGAAGUAGAGGAGAGAAUGCUUUGUUACAAGAGCUUAGCCGCCUUAAGAGCAAAGUUGAAGAACUGGAGGGUGAGAAAUCACAAUAUGAAAGGAAGCUCAAAGCCACUAAGCUUUCUAUCACCUAUUCCCUCCAUGUCUGUUACCAGUCGCUCAUGACCAAGCUUUCUACACUGAAGCUCACGGUCGAGCACACUCAGGUAGAACGACAGCAUUGGGAGGAGAGCUGUCGGACAGCUCAGACUGAGAUUGCCAAACUCCAGCAGCUGCUUGCUACGAAGAAUGCUGAAAUCGAGUGUCUACAGAAUCAGCUUCUGUCCCGAGGAACCAUCAACAAUGACAUCACAGAGAGAGAGGAAGUGUGUAAGAGAAAGCUGAGAGACAAACAUCAAGAGCUGCAGAGGUUAAAAACUGGAAUGGAGACGCUAAUAGCUGCCAAUAAUGAAAAGGAUCGACACAUAGAGGAACUCCAUCUUCUGUUGGUCCAAUACAGAAAAUUGAAGGACAGCUUGGCCCUUUCUCAAGUGACCAACGAUAUGUUGCUGUCUGGCAGCAGUGAAGAAGAUCUUAAUGGCACUCGAAAAAUAAGAGCCCCGACGCAUAAAGCAUACUCUGACAUUGUCAGAUCAGAGCUACAGAUGUCUUCCCGAGGCCCGUCACCACUUCUGGUCUCUCCUCCGUGUUUACAGAGGGAACUGGACUCCAGCUUUCGCAGUAUACAGCCCUCCAUGGAGACCUCGAUGGUAUGCAUUGGCGACUUGGGCUUUUACAGCAGACAAUGGUCAAUGCCACGGAUGCUGUCCACCAGCUUGGAAGAACUCCAAAGUGGAAGCUUACAGAUGCAUGUAGGGGGCCAACCAGUAGAGGCUGUUUUAGAGAACCGAUAUAAUCCUGAAAAUAACAAAUACCAGACACUUCCGGGCAAGUUUAGUCGUCCAGAGCAGAAUGGAGUGCGAUUGCAGCCGUCUUCCCCACUGCAACUGUCUCCUGAUGAAAGUGAGGACAGCGAAUUCAACCUGAAUCGCUGCCGAAGCGCCAGUGCUCCAGCUUUAGUACCACGGGGAAAGCAUGAUCAGUUUCUGCUUGGAAAGGCAGAGAAGACAGAUGACUCGACCUUGUCUGACCUUUCGCCCAUGUCGUCUGGAGUAGAAUCAGGUCAGCAGUCUCCUGUUUCACCAGAGCACAAGAAGAACCAGAAAGGCAUUCUAAAACUGUGGGGAAAGAUCAGGAGAACACAGUCAGGCAGUCUUCCUGCAGACGGUUCUGAUUCUGACUUCAAGCGAGGGGGUUUCAGGGCCACAGCCGGCCCUCGACUCACCUGCCUGGGCACCAGCGCCUCAGCACGUGACAUGAAAGCCCCCUUCUCGAAAUGGUCAUGUGAUCAGGUAUGUGCAUGGAUGGAGGAGUUUGGUCUGGGUCAGUACGUGAAUAUGGCUAGACAGUGGGUCACUAGUGGUCAGACUCUACUCUCUGCCUCCUUGCAGGACAUUGAGAAGGAGCUGGGAAUUAAACAUCCGCUUCACAGGAAGAAGCUCCAGCUGGCUCUGCGCUCCUUCAGCACCAAAAUCACAGAGAAAUCCUCUGAACUGGACCACAUCUGGGUCACACGGUGGCUGGAUGAUAUUGGUUUACCACAGUAUAAAGACCAGUUUAGUGAAGGACGUGUGGACGGUAAAAUGCUGCAGUACUUGACAGUGAAUGAUCUGCUGUUCCUGAAAGUCACCAGUCAGCUCCAUCAUCUUAGCAUCAAGUGUGCAAUCCACAUCCUACAUGUUAACAAGUUCAACCCCAACUGCCUCAAAAGAAGACCUGGAGAUGAGAAUAAGACAUCGCCUUCUGAGGUUGUUCAGUGGUCCAAUCACCGUGUGAUGGAGUGGCUCAGAUCGGUUGACCUGGCAGAAUACGCUCCCAACCUGAGAGGCAGCGGAGUGCAUGGAGGACUCAUAAUCUUGGAACCUCGUUUUAACUCGGACACACUGGCGAUGCUCCUGAACAUCCCCCCUCAGAAGACUCUGCUGAGGAGGCAUCUGGCCACUAAUUUCAACAUGCUGGUGGGCUCUCAGGCUCAGUGGGAGAAACAAGAGUACCUGGAAUCAUCAGGCUACAUGCCGCUAACCACCACCGCUAAAGUCCGGCCACGUAAAAUAGGUUUCUCCAGUUUUGGCCACCGUAAGAAGCGCACUCACGACUCCACUGACUACAUCUGCCCUCUGGAUGCUUCACAAGACCAGGCCCUGCUCAAUGGGGCCAACCGGCCCUACAGCGGCUUCAGGGGCCUGAGUCCCAUCUUUGACAGGGACCCAGAGAGACAGGAGCAGGUGGGAGCUCUACAGAUCUGACGCUCUGCUAGCCGUCACCGCUGAGCUUGCAGCCAAUAACCCUCCACCCAUAUCCCACAAAACCCACGACAAGUUCACAACAACACAGGUGCCAUUUUAUAACAUCCCAACAUCCCUCAUUGACGGACACAAGACAGCAGUAUGGACACUGCAGGAAGACAUGGAUCCAAGGGUUUAGUAAUGUAAAUGACAUCAUCUCACAAAGGCAGCAGGGUUUAACAGAACGCUUUUCCCAGAAUAGUGCCAUUUAUCCUGUGAUGGACUGUCGGAUACAUUUGACUUUAUAUCAUUUUUCUGUGAUUUAUCUAACAAGUAUUCCAUUUUUGUAACCUAACAUCUACUUUGUGCUGUUUUAAAAGACAGUGUGUACAAUUUUGUGCAACAUUUGCAUAUUUUAGGGAUUAAUUUAAAGGUAUAUUUAUGGUGAAUUUUUAAAAAGCAUACAGACUACUAUUAAAUGUUCAGCAGCACAUUUUAAAUAAUCAGAUGAGGUUAUUUUCAUACAAUAAACUGCACAGGAGUAUUUUUAAAGGUAGAAAUCUUGCCUCUUCAGUUGAAGAUACUAUAACGAUAUAUAACCCAAAAUAUCGUUACAUAAUCAAUAAACCUCCUCAAUCACAGUGAUAUUUGGUUUUUUUUUUAACA